AUGUAUACCGUGGGAGACAUAACAGUGCAUGUGGCUGACAUAGGACAUGAGACGUGUAAGGCAGGCUAUGCAGGAGGAGAAGUUCCUUCUAUUUUUGAGAAAAGAGGUGAAAAGACUCUAGAAGAAGCACUUACUGCCACAUUAGAAGAACUCACAGAUGACCUUGAGACUAUUCCAUUGAUUAACAUUGAAGAUCCAUUCACAUCAAAAGAAGCCAGGAAGAAUGCAUUCUCGCAUAUAAUGGAGACUACUUUGGCUUCUGGUACACUGUUUAUUAAUGGGGCUGUUGCAGAUUGCUUUAGUUAUGGAAAGAGCUCUGGUCUUAUGGUGAGACUAUGUGGGGGAAGUACACAAGUUAUCUCAGUUAUUGAUGGAUAUUGCUUGAGUGGUGGUAUUAAGAGUACAUGUGGUGGGGAUAGUCUGACUAAGGCUGCCCAUAGUCUUCUAAAAAAUAAGUCAGCAGAACUAAAGACAGAUCUUCUUGUUCCACCAGUGGCAAUUCAAGAGAGAACACGAGUUUCAUUUGAGCAGAUGCCAAUCUACAAGGAAAAGCCUUCAUAUUCAAUUCUCUCAGAGGAAAGUAAGGUACCUCUUGAGAUGGGUGUUGCAAAGUGCUUUAAAGAGUCAAUUUCCUUCAUUGGUCACUGCCAACCAAAGUACUAUGAAUUUGCAACUGGCUUCAGUACAAGAAUAUUUUCAGAGAGAAAUAUAAUACCAGAACUUCUUUUUGAGAAGACUGGAAGGACAAUGGAGAGACUUGAUCCACUGAAGCAAAUGGCUGGGGUUAUUGAGCCAAUGGGACUAUUAGAAAUGAUAAAAACCACCAUGGAUACAGUUGACUUAGACCAUUAUGAUAUGCUUCUUGGGAAUAUAAUGCUGUCAGGUGGUGGUUCUUUGAUUCCUGGGAUAACAGAGAGACUGCAGGCUGAUCUUAUGGAAAUGUAUCCAAAUGCCAGGAUAAAGGUGAAUAAUGACAGAAGAGAGUUUGGAACCUUCUUUGGAGGAUCAAUCUUAGGCUCACUUGGGACUGCCAGUACACUUAUGAUCACUAAGGAAGACUAUGAAGAAUGUGGAUUAACAGCACUGGACAGAAAGAGGUCUGAGUGGAUAAAGUAG